AUGGACUUAAGGAUUAAAAAUUUUGGUCCAAAUAUAGCUCUUUUGAAGGAUAUUGGUGUGCCUCAAUCUCGAAUUUCUUUUCUUGUGACUAAUAUGCCAAGCACAGCAUGUUCCAAACAUUAUAAAUUUUCCAAGGUUGUCAAUGAGGUUAAGGAAAUGGGAUUUAAUCCCACCCAAACUGUGUUUGUUAAGGCAGUUGGAGUAAUUAACCAAUUGAAGGAAUCGGUUUGGGAAUCUAAGUUUAAGGUUUAUAGGAGGUGGGGUUUGUCCGAGGAUGAGAUUCUCACUGCUUUUAGAAGGUUUCCAUAUUGUAUGCAAAUAUCUGAGGAGAAGAUUACAAAAGCUAUGGACUUCCUUGUGAACAAAAUGGGUAGGCUGUCGCGAGAUAUUUCCAAAAUGCCAGAAGUUCUCUGUUACAGUUUGGAGAAGAGGAUUGCUCCCCGGUGUUUGGUUAUUUAG